AUGAGACCAACUAUAGCCCGGCUUUUACAAGCCACAAGAUCUCUCCAGCAUGAGAAUCCACUGGGACUUCCCAAGACCGGAAGCAUUCCACGCUUUCAACGAGGACUUCCUCAAAAGCGCAAAAUCCCAAAUGUGAACAAAGUCAUUGCCGUCUCUUCAGCCAAGGGUGGUGUCGGGAAAAGCACAAUAGCUGCAAAUCUAGCCCUCUCCCUCUCCCGCCUCGGCUACACAACCGGCAUCCUCGACAUGGACAUCUUCGGCCCCUCCAUCCCGACCCUCUUCAACCUCUCCUCACCCGACUUAUCUCCCCAACUAACCCCCCAAAACCAACUCAUCCCUCUGACCUCCUACGGCGUCAAAACCAUGUCCAUCGGCUACCUUUUAGGCAGUGAAUCAUCGGCGCUAGUCUGGCGCGGCCCCAUGCUUCUCAAGGCCAUCCAACAAUUGUUGCAUGAAGUCGACUGGUCCCGUCCCUUUCUCGACAUUCUGGUGCUGGACCUCCCGCCCGGCACAGGCGAUACUCAGUUGUCGAUAGCGCAGCAAGUGGUGGUAGACGGGGCGGUUAUUGUUACCACGCCGCAUACGCUGGCUGUUAAAGACGCGGUGAAGGGGGUUAAUAUGUUUCGGAAGGUGGAGAUUCCGAUACUGGGGGUGGUGCAGAACAUGAGCGUUUUUUGCUGUCCUGGAUGUGGGAACGAGACGCACGUUUUUGGAGGCACGGAAAAGGUGAAAAGUGUGUGUGGGGAGAUGGGGAUGGAGUUUUUGGGAGAUGUACCACUUCAUCCGGCUAUUGGGGAGGAUGGAGGGAGGGGAAAACCGACGGUUGUUGGGGACCCGGGGGGAAAGGAGGCGGAGGUGUUUAUGGGGUUGGGGAGGAAGGUGGCGGGGUUGGUUGGGUUGCCUAGGAUGGGGAAGGAAUAG